ACUCUUGCCUUGCAUUUUCCCCAGACCUUUCUUUCCCUGAAAAACUCUCCUCCUGCAGAGAAAUUCAUGCUUUUUCCAAUUCUUAGUAACUCUGCCAUCUUAUUUCCUUUCUUGGGGAAGCAGCCAGUUCUGCAUUUUCUCUCAUAGCUCCAUAUUGGUCUUUUUCCGCUUUCCAAUAAGAUGGCUCCCAACUAUUUUUCUUUUUGCUCUUUCUAUACUAUUGCAUCACUAUAGGCCAUUUUCCAGCGGAACACAAGCCAGAACCUCUCUUUGCCCUUUUUCAGGUAGUCUUUCAUUUUAGGAGGAAGUUCUCUGGAGAGCACUGCAGCUUCUUCUCAAGUGAGAUUCCAGCGCAGCCUUGUGCAGUCCUUUCCACCUCGAGCAGGGCUACUGCUUCAGCCGACGAAGACUCUGGUUUGCCUGGUACAGCAGGGAAGAAGAAUGGACUCUGACAUCAAAACCUUCCUCCAGCAGCAGCAUGGAUUUAUCAUGUCAAAGGUAAUAUUUACUGCCUGUGAGUUGGGAGUAUUUGAUCUGCUGAUGACGUCGCAAAGCCCCCUGACCGCAGCAGCUAUUGCCGAACGUUUAGGCACCAGCCAGGCUGGAACGGAGAGGCUGCUGGAUGCCUGUGUGGGGCUGAAGCUCCUGAGAGUGGAGAGGAAGGAGAACACAGGUUUUUAUGGAAAUGAAGAGGUUGCUAAUUUGUGUCUUGCUAAAUCAAGCCCAAAGUCUCAGUAUAACUUUAUGAAGUUGCACUCUGAAUACAUAUAUCCGAGCAUGCAAUACUUAGCUGAUGCUGUGAGGGAAGGUAAAAGUCAGAUUCAAUCAAUACAUGGCCCUUCAUCAAAAAAUAUAUUUGAUGCACUUUACAGCUCAAAGGAAAUGUUCGAAAAAUUCAUGAAUGCCAUGGAUGACACUUGGAGUUUGUAUGGCAGAGAAGUGCUGUCUGCAUUCAAUCUUUCUGAUUUCCCACACAUUUGUGAUGUUGGAGGAGCUGGUGGUACCUUGGCUAAGGAAUGCAUUUCAUUAUACCCGAAAUCUACUGUGACAAUGUUUGACUUACCUGAAGUGAUAGGAAGAGCAAAGGAGAAUUUUGUGUGUCCAGAAGAAUCCCAAAUUGUUUUCCAGGAAGGGGAUUUUUUCAAAGAUCCAGUUCCUGAAGCUAACCUAUAUGUUUUGGCCCGGGUCCUGCAUGACUGGGAUGAUGGGACGUGUGUACAGCUGCUAACCAAACUGCACAAGGCCUGCAAACCUGGUGGCGGAGUGUUAGUGGUAGAAAUAAUCUUCAACGAAGAUAAAACUGGGCCUUUAGAAGCUCACCUGUACUCCAUAUUGAUGCUGCUGCUUACUGAAGGGAAAGAACGGACCAUAUCAGAAUACAGUGCACUCUUCAAUGCAGCUGGUUUCAAGAAGAUGGAGGCAAAGAAAGGGAACCUCUACACUGCAAUUUUAGGGAAAAAAUAAAUUCAUGUCUGUUUCAGGCUUGGGCAGACUUCCAGCCUUCCUCCCUGGGUUAGCAAAGGUGGUCCUUUUCUCCCUCACCCAUUGUAUCCUCAUAACAAGAUUGUAAAGUAGGUUUGACCUACUGAAGAUUGGUUUAAAAUCAUAUUCUGUAGUGCAGCAAAACAAGACAAACCAUUCAAAACCAUACCAGUAAAGAAAAAAGGAACAAAACUGAAACAGUAUAAUAUUUGAAUAUUGUUAAAAUGUAUCUGAAAAUGUAUUUUAAAAUAGAGCUUUCUCAGAAUUAUACAUGAACUUCAACAAUGGCAGACAAAAUAUCCACAGAAAUAGCCAUUUGCAGGCUGUGCCAAUACAUCUCUACUACCCAUUCAAAUAUUGAAAGCACAGUGAGAUCCUCAGUUGCAUUAUUGGAGGCAAUCAUUUAUCCUUCCAAUGUUUUAAUAUUUAUCUUCUCAUGGUCAAAAGGGCAUGGAGAAUCCAUUUGUACUGAUUGUGCAUAUACGCUCAGGAAACAGGUUAGACAACUCAUGAGGACAAGUCCAUCAGUAAAUAUUAAAGAGUGUAAUAUUCAAAAGGGAUUCAUAUAAAUAACCUUCACGUCACCCUGAAGAGGAAACUAUUCCCAACACUUAUGGCUGAAGAAAUAUUAGCUCUGUUACAUCUCCAGUAAUUGACAAAUAUAAAGCUGUAUUAAAGAGGUUUCUAGACUGUCCUGAGACUCUUGGGAAGAGAAUGGUAUAGAAAAGUUUUAAAUAAAAUAGAGACUAUAGCAUCAAAUAUACAUAGUGCACAAGUUUUGCUGUAUACAUAGGAUGUAACAUGAUCCAUAGAUACUUUAGAUAUAGAUUUUCAGUGUAUAGUUUCAAAACCUUUACCAUUCUUGCUCCAUGCAUGCCUUUUAAUUGGGGUGGGAGAACCACUCUGGAAAUAUAAUAGUCCCUGUUUUUGUUUGCAAAGUAUUGGCAUUGCUUCUCCAGUGAUGAUAGUAAGCAGCCUGCUUCUUUUAAAAUGAUUUAUGACACACAUGCAGAGCAGUUUCCCUUCCCAUCACCUCUCUCAAAGAUAGGCAGACCAGAACAGCAAGAAUGACCAAAAUCAACAGGAAAAGCUAAAGCUGGGAUACAAGAAAACACAUUAAAAGAUAUGCACAUGGCAAUGAUUGUUGAGGGAGCAGUGUGGAGGAGAAAUGCCCAUCUUGUUCCCCACACACACCUUAGAUAUACAAAUAUAUGCCUGUCCCACGUUAGACAUGCUAAAGUUUGCCUGUCCUGAAAGUUCUUCCUUUUGUUUUGUGCGUCUGAAUCCAUUCAACCCUACUGAUUUAUUCUCAACUGCAGUGAGCAAACUGCCUAUGUGAUUCCCUCACACCCCAAUUGUGUAUGUCACUAAUUAUAUAAGCAUCUUGUAUGGACUUCAUCGUUGGGGGCUGCCUACAUGCUGCAUGUAUUUCCUGUAUGUCUGAAUAAACUGAAAAAAGUUCUCUUGAUUAUACACUCCCAGCA